AGAGCGGAAAAGGAUACCUUGGAAAAGUGUUAGCCAGAAAGAACAUCGCUUUGUUUCGAACCGCUAGAUAGGUACCUUAUCUUCAUUUUCUGAUUGUUUAGAGCAUAUUUUAAAAAUAUUGAAGUUUAUUAUUGUUAUCUUCCAUUCUCAUGAGGAAUUUGGAAGAAAAUUUUUCGUGAAAAGAAGAAAUAUAUCGAGUAUUUUUUUAUUUUCCCACUCUUCAGAUUGUUGGAAACAUGGAUAAGAUUAUUGGGGUAAUAGGAGGAAUUCCCCUCUCCAAGUCAAGGAAUGAUGAUACUAGCGCUGAUAGACUUUCGCAUCGUUUCACCUCAGCUAUUUUGGUUGUAUUUGCCGUAGUUGUUUCUGCUAAACAGUUUGUUGGCGAACCUAUUAAUUGCUGGGUACCUGCUCAUUUUAGUGGCGGCUGGGAAGAAUACACCAACAGUUAUUGUUGGAUUAAAAAUACUUAUUACCUACCAUUUGAUGAUCACAUACCAAAGCACCAUGAACAUGAAAAACGUAAUAUUAUCCCAUAUUACCAGUGGGUACCUAUAAUAUUCUUAGUGAUGGCCCUAUUCUUUUAUCUUCCGACCUUGAUUUGGAGAAGCUUGAACAACAAAUCGGGUAUUGAUAUCAAAUCUAUUGUUGAAUCAGCCGAAUCCUUCCAAAACACAGAAAAGAUUGCUAACAGGGAUAGUACAUUAAAACAUAUGACGGAACAAAUGCAUCGCUAUCUUAACGCUCAGGAUUAUCUUAGUAGUAAAUUGACAGUUUCGUUAAAAAACUGCCUAUCUGUAUUAUGCGUGUGCUGCGGUAGACGGCAGGGGACUUACCUUGUGUCCCUUUAUUUGGUUACAAAGUUUUUCUAUAUUUUAAACGCUUUAGCACAACUGUUUAUCCUUGAUGUCUUUAUGGGAUCAAGGUUUCACGCGUACGGUGUGCAAGUUUUAAAAGAGCUCUCUUUGGGCCAAGAUUGGACAAACUCUCCGAGAUUUCCGAGAGUUACUAUGUGCGAUUUCUUGGUAAGAAGAUUGGGAAACGUUCAAAGAUAUACCGUUCAAUGCGUAUUGCCUAUUAAUUUAUUCAAUGAAAAACUUUUCCUUUUUAUCUGGUGGUGGAUUAUUUUCCUUGUACUUAUUCAAGGAGUAGCUCUAAUCAAAUGGAUCUUAAGGACAACGUCUAGCGUUGACAAUCAACGCUACAUCCGUAAACACCUUAGACUGGGUGGAAUAAUUAAAUCUGGAGCUGACGAUAAAGAAAAUGUUAAGAGAUUCAGUAACGACUAUCUACGACCAGAUGGAAUUUUUAUACUCAGACUUAUUGGUUGUAAUACAAAUACCAUAACGGUCACCGACUUUGUCAGAUCUUUAUGGGAAAAAUGGAUAGAAGAUAGAAACUUACGUCAACCCGAAAAAUUUCCCGAUGGUAAAAAUUAUUAAAUUAGAUAUUAGUGAAAUAUACGGUUUUGCAAAAGAAGAAAAGAAUAACAAAUUUAAGUAAAUCUCAGUUUUUGCGUAUGCAUUGUAGUAUGUAUACUUGGCAAUUAAAUCUAUAUAGAUAGAUUUUGAUUAUUUUUAUUGCUUAUUACUUUUAAUGCUGCACUGUUAUCAGAUAUUUACAUUCUAUUAAACAAAAUAAAUUUUAAAGUGAAAUCUUAGAAGUUUAAAAGUUAAAAUUAUGCAAAACUAAAAAUUAAGUAAGAAACAGCUGUAUAGAUAGUAACGCGAAAAGUAUUUAUACAUUGCAUAUAUAUGCAUUUAUACAUGUAUUUAAAGGAAGCAUUUUAAUGACAAAGGAGAUGAUAAUGAUUGUUGUUAAAAUAAAAUUACUUGAUAUAUAAUUUGCCAAAGAGAACACUUUAGAUUUUAUGCACAGAGUGAUAAAUGAACGUAUUGAUUUCUCUUUUAUUUCGGUACGAAAGCCAUUUCAAUUUGGAAGAGUUCAACAAACUAUUCGUCGUAAAUUUCAAGAGGAAUUUAACUAUUGGAAAAUCG